AGACUUCAAGUACAUCCGAUAGAUCAACCCUGAGUAGACUGCGCACUGCUUGAACCGCGAUGUCUCAGGUGGCUGUUCCUUAAGCGGGAGACCGGCGCUAACGGCGUGUUAUCGAUAAGCAUUUUGUAAUACGAUGCCGACCAAAACCUUCACCAAAGUGCAAAAGCACAUUGCCAAGAAGAAGGGGAAGAACGCAGCUCUCCAUGAGCAUAGCCGGGACUCGCACAGACUGCAAAGAGCGGCGAUGCGGGAUGACAAAGUUCAGAGAAUCACGUCUGCGAGAGCGAAGCAGAAUCAGCCUUUAUUGCAGAGAAUCGCCUGGUUUCAUGGCAUCGCGACCGAACGUGAUCCACCAUUGGACAUAUCCACAAUCCAAGGCCUAAUACGAGAAUGCAUACAUCGCGACGACGAGGAGCUAGGAAAGUUGAAGUCUGAACGUAGAGCAGGACGUCCACCAAGUACGCGUGAGGUUAUGCUAAAGCAGAGGGUGGACGAAGAGACGAAAGAGCAUAAGUCAGGUUUCUAUCUGCCAGAUCUAGAGGACGAGAAGAACAUCGAUGCGCUCAAGGAGUGGAAUGGCGACUAUGUGGCAUUGAAUACCGUAAAUUUCGUGAGGAUUUCUGAUGAUGGAACGAAACACCAAUCGAAGUUUCCCCCGAGGCAGAAAUAGCCAAUGAAGCACAUGAAAAAAUAGAAAGUUGUGGUGU